AUGACUUUUUUAAAUUUUAUUAAGUUUAUUGUAAAAGGUCCAAAGAAAAGCCCUAAACAUGAGAUAAUCGGCAAGUUUGAAAGCUUUAUAAAGUGCGUGGAAAAUGCCGACAAAGAUCCUGAUAUUGAAAAAACUUUAAGAUAUAUGGAUCGGAUAGAACGAAGACCUGAAACAAUUUCUCGAAUAAAUACAAACUAUAAUAAUCAGUAUCAAAUUUUUGAGGAAGAACAUGGUGACGCCAAAGACAUUAAUUUUGAGCUUCAUAAGAAGAAUCGAAUUGCUAUUUCCGAAUUGCAAUUUUUUCGAGUUCAUAUUCAAAGAUAUUUGUUAUGUCGAGUAAUAACGAAAUGUAUCAAAAUAAAUGCACUUACUACUAUAGUCGAAGAUCCAGAAGGAGAGAUUGAAAAACUAUCUCUGUACAAUUGGAUUAUACCUAAUAAAUUGCCAACGAAUGAUUUGCCCAUUUUCGAAGCAUCUCAUAUUUUUCCAAUCGGAACUAUACUUACUAUUCGAAAUCCAUUUUACGAUAUUGGAUCAGACGGCUCAAUGCAUAUUCGUUCAGAAAAUCCAGAUGAAGUGGAUGUUGUUAAGUCAAACGACAAAAUACUUGACGGAAUUAGAUGGGAAUCCGAUCUUGCAACGAUACAUAAAGUACUUGCAAAAGAAAAAGAGUCAGCAGCUGAUAAUUUUUGGGAACUUGGUAAUAAACACUUUCAAAAAAACGAAUUCUCAUUAGCCAUUAACGAGUAUUCAAAUGGAAUUGAAUUAGCACCACAUCUAGCCAAACUAUAUGCGAGCAGAGCGGAAGCAUAUUUGAAAUUAAAACGAUAUCAUAAGGCUCUUGAUGACGCAGAGAAAGCAUUACGACUUGAUCAAAAUUAUUAUAAAGCCAGAAUUUGCAAGGGACAAGCUCUUUAUAAUCUCAAAGAUUAUGAAGAAUCUAAAAGAACAUUUAAUGAUUUGCUUGAAAAUAUGAAACCAGAAAACUCUCAAGAUGAACAAGCAAUCAAAACGAUACAGAAAUUUUUAAGCCAUGCACAAAUUUUAUAUUCCGAAAAUAAGCAUGGAAUUUAUGAUUAUAUUGGAAUAUUGAAUGAAUGCAUGCGAAAAAGUGAUCUUGCAAACUGGACUCAAUUUGGAGGUCCAAGACUAGAUCAUGCUGACUAUAAAAGUGAUUCGAUCGAAAUUAGAAAUAUUGGCGCCAAGGGUUGUGGAUGGGUUGCAAAUCGUGAUAUACCACAACAUACCUUAUUAAUGGUCUCAAAAGCCUUUGGUAUAAUAUUUGAGAAAGAAGUCUAUAAAGCAUUUAAAAAUUUCGAUAUAGCAGAAAAAAAUACGCUUGACGCCUCAAGAUCAGGAUUAAUUCUAUUAAUCGCCGAAAAACUUCUGUCCGAACCAGAGCUUGGUCACAAGGUUUAUCAGUUAUAUGCGGGUCCAGAUUUAAAUUCUGGUGAGAAAUUCUCGGAUUAUGAAUCAAAGAAUUUGGAUAUAGAGAGAAUCCAAAACAUAGUCCAAUAUAACUCAAUACAACCAGAUCCAACUUGGGAAGCAUUUCGCUUAUUUGUUAGAAGAUAUUAUGAAAAUAAUCGACGCAUCGGCUCCGGUCUCUGGAGACUUCCUUCAUAUUAUAAUCACUCGUGUGUUAAUGCAAAUACAAAAGCAAGAUAUAUAGGAGAUUUGAUGUUCAUUCGCGCCCAACGCUUGAUUUUAAGAGGCGAAAUGUUGACAAUACCUUAUGUGGGUCCUAUGUUGAGUUACGAGAGACGUUUAUCUGAACUUAAGAAAUAUGGGAUAAAAUGUCAAUGCCAACUUUGUAACAUUGAGCAAUCUGAAUCUUGGUCAAUACAUUCUACGCGAAGCUAUUUGUUUGUAUAUUUUAUUCAUAAAGUCGCCUCAAAGUUUUCAGAGUAUCACACGAAGUUCUCAAUCGAGUCUGUUAUUACCGAAGAUCUAAAGAUCAUUGAAGCUUUACGCUCACUUCGGCCAAAUAGUCCGGAUCUGGAUUUCCCAUUAAUUCUACCAAAAUUUGCGCUUUUUUUACUUUACGAAUUGGCUGAAAGAACGUCUGAAGCUACCAAAAUUUUAGAGGAACUGUAUAUGCUAACAAAAGUAAAUAAUGUCUCUCAUAUCUCUAAUACAAUUGCAUUCGAGUUGGCUUUUUGUUAUUGGAAAUUGGGACAGAAGGAGAAAGCGAAAGAAUAUUUUAAUGUUGGCUUAUACGAGUUGGUUGCCCCGAUCGUUGGCGAUUUUAAAAUCGACGAUGCAUCAACGAAAAACGGAAUAUUGCAAAUUGCGAAAAUGUUGGAGCCUAAAUUUAUAGCUGAUGCUGAUUUUAUGAACAUAAUUUAG